UAGCUCUUCUGCCUGGAGCAAAACAAACGCGCGACGGCAGUCUGCGUUUCAGCAAAUCCUCUAGACUACUGGGCUUUAUUUGCUGCGCAGCUUUCCGCAAUCGAAGAACACGCCAGACACUUAACGGUCGACACGAUGAAACGCUUUCUGGGGUCGUUGAACCGGCGUACGAGCCAGAGUCGCGAGCGCAGUCCAGUGUACCCUGAUGAUUCGCCAGAGGCAACUGUGCUGAAGGAAGUGAAACUGUUCUGCGAAACAGGUAGCGGGCCUGGCCGGAAUGGACAAAACGAGGAGUAUCUCCAUUUGCCCGCGAUAGUCGAGGCCGCCGAGUCGAGUCCCAAUGCCGCCAGAGAAGCAGCCAUAAAAAUACGGAAAUAUCUCUCCAAGCCCACCACCCCGCCUAGCUCUGUUCACUACAAUGCUAUCAUGCUCAUACGCAUUCUGGCCGACAACCCCGGCCACACCUUCACGCGGAAUAUCGAUGCCAAGUUUGUGUCAGUAAUCCGAGAUAUGCUGAGAGUGGGGAAGGGUCUGGAUGUACAGCACAUCUUGCGGGAGACCCUGGAUUCGUUUGAGACAGAGAGGGCGGCCGAUCCGGACUUGGAGGCCCUUCUGCAGAUGUGGUCAAAGGAGAAGGAGAGGUUCAACAAAUCAAUUGGAAAGGCCCCUGUGCAGCAAGCUCCUCCUCAGCAACACCCCACUCGCUUCCCUCAACACGAGCCCCAGCGUACUCUGCCUCCCGCGGAUGAGCUUGCUUCACGGAUAUCGGAGGCAAGAAACUCCGCAAACCUGCUCCAGCAGUUAGUCCAGUCUACGCCGCCAACGGAGAUUAUCGGCAACGAUCUCAUCAAGGAGUUUGCGGAGCGCUGCCAAGCUGCUGUACGCUCGAUCCAGGGAUACAUCAGCGCAGAUAACCCGGCGCCGGAUGAGGACACGCUUGUCACACUGAUCGAAAGCAAUGACGAGCUGUCUGUCGCCUUGUCAAUAUACCAACGCGGAAUCCUCAAAGCGCGCAAAGCCAUGGGCACGAAUACUCCGCGAGAACAGUCUGUCGGAGGAUCUUCGUCAUCAGACACUACACGACCCGUCCCUCCACCUCCUGUUCCUCCUCGACAGAACGGUACCGUAUCUGCCGCAACUACUGAACUUCCUGAACUGCCGGGUGCUUCCGCGGCCGCUUCUGCUACGGAUAACCCUAGUAGAUAUGAAUACAACGCGGAUGAGUUUCAGGUGCAGAACCCAUUCGCAGACAACAAUGCCCAGGAAAUGCCGACCGCCAACGGUUCCCAGCCAGAGCAGGCCUAUGAGAGUGCGACAACCCAUGCUGGCUCGUCGGGUCUUUACGGACAGCCAUUGGCCUCGCAUCCAGUAUAACUGUCAUAGCACUUCGUGCCAUGCGCUGAGAAUGGCCUACUGUGUGAGACCAAUCGAUCGAUGAUGCCGCUUUGGUUCGUAUGGUGGUUGAAUCUACGUCAUUAUACCCCUUGCAAGAUCUUGCACCCCAUUCCACGUUCGACCGGGAGAAGUAAUCACAGCAUGAGUCUUUCCGAAGGCCUAUGAAAGAGUUUCCUUUCUUGCAGGCGCUACAGCUAUGAGUCUUGAUAUUGAUGUCUUUGGUCCUUCUAAUUCCUUGCGAUUGUCUGCCAGUUUGUACAGCCCGCCGUUUUCCUUUCACGAUAUGUUCAGUAUUCUCGGCAUACAUACCCCUGUUAAGGUUUCCUUCGCUCCGUGAUACCUCCAUCGUCUACAUAGUGUACUGUUCGAUUUUCCCUUUACAAAUGGUCUUUGUCAUUUGGAUUGAGAAUGGCGCCCAUUAGUUCAUGUGAUAUCCUUAUUCAUUGUUGAUAUGAUCUGAUGUAUAG